AGGACUUCCCCAUCGCGUCGGCACCUAUUUCUGGGCCAAAUGCUUCUGUUGGGUCUCUUCCUAUCAUCAGCGCUGGGCAUAGCGUUUGUGCCAAACCCGAGUUGGAUCUCCUGUACGAUCAUCCGGGCCGGGCUGGGCAUCUGUUACAGUCUCAUAUUCGCCACAUUACUCGUUAAGACGGUGUUCCUGCUGUCCCUGCACUCCGGCAUAUACCUGCCCGCCUCAUACCAGGCCCUCCUAUUAUUCUUCAUUAUAGCCACGCAGAUAGCCAUUGACGGCCAGUGGCUCCUCCAUCACACGUCCACCACUGUUAUCGAUUACGUGGACGCCUUCGGCGCCGUUAUCUACAAAUGUGAUCACAAUAUUAGUUCACUCCUCUUGUCUUUAGUGUACGACAUAUUUCUCAUCGGACUGGUGUCGUGCCUAUCGCUGCGAGCUAAGGGGCACCGGGAGAACCACGGGGAGGCCAUGUUCAUCGCCAUCACCAUCAUCACGUCCAUAGUGUUGUGGUGCGUAUGGAUCGGCGGAUCGUUGACCAGUUCCAGCCAUUACAGGGACGCGUUUCUGGCGCUGGGAGUGGUGGGCAACGCCACUCUCGUCUUCCUAAUCAUGUUUCUGCCAAAAGGGCGACAGUUGGCGGCGAUGGGCAGGGAGGGCAUGAGCGGCGACGACCGGGACCAGCUGUCCUCGCCCUCCUCGCCAUCCAUAUACACGCCGUCGUUUCUGCACAUAAAGCCCUCGCAUUUGAUCCCUUUGACCAAAACCAAUGGCAAUCUCUAUAAACAAUUCGGUCAAACAAAUAACACCAAUAGUUAUCACACCAGUAAUAACAAUAAUAAUAACUCCAUGAAUGGCAAUCAUUAUACACACCACUCCACCAACAAGUCUAUGAAUAAUGGUAUGUCUUAUGCUUUUUUC